GCAUCAAAGGAAGACGUUGGACUGUAGUCUCACAAUACGUUUUGCUAAUUUACCAAAUAAUGCUCAUCUGGAAUUGAUUGAAUCUGCCGAAGGACGCCAUCAUUCUGGUUAGGAAUUAUAAUCAUUUUUAUCUGUCUGUGGCGGUGUAUAGGAAGUGGCAAUAAUGAGAAAGCUUGGGAUUGCUAGGGAUGCAACUACCUGAAAAAUACAAGGAGAACUUCGACGUUUCGAGCGAAGCAGGGUUCGUACAAAACUUGAAAGUCCUUGAAUGUCCUUGAAUUUGAAAACAAAAAUUCAAGGCCUUGAAUAUCCUUGAAUUUGUAAAGAAGUACUUGAAUGUCCUUGAAUUCUUCUUGCUUUAGUUUUUGGAUAUUUUCUGAAAUUGUUUGACAUUCAAGACGGACAUUUUGUUGAACUGAUUUUGCAUGUUCAUAUCUGACCUCAUUAUAAAGUUACGUUUUGAACAAUUCAACGUCAGAUUUUGCUGAUUUCUAACGCCUUCUUCUUCAGUAUGUAGUCCUUGAAUUUGCUGAUACAUGGCCUUGAAUGUCCUUGAAAAGUCCUUGAAUUUGACUCUUUCUCACAUGUACGAACCCUGGCGAAGGCCCUUGCGUCCAUAAUAAUUUUUAUGCCUUAAAUUUUUAUGCCCCACUUCGGUGGCAAAUAAUAUGGUUAGCGCACUUGCCUUUCACCUCUAAGGCCGUAGGUUCAAAUCUCAAUGAGAACUUCUCAAUGUGACUCGAACCCAGUCCUCAUGUGAAAAGAGUAAGUCAACGCUCUGCCGAAAGUCGUGGGUUUUCUCCGGGUACUCCGUGUUUCCUCCCACAGGGAAAGUUGACAGGGUGGGUUAGGCACAUAGGUCUGGACUCUGGAGACAGAUCAUUAAUGAGGUAUGGACUAAUAGCGGUUGCUCAAGCGCCAUUUGUAAGCUCGAAGUCUACCUCGGUCUGCUUCACGUCAGUGCGGUUCUAUCUAUAUAUUCAUAAUGUAACCAGUCACUGAAAAGCCCUGAUAGGGAGUGCGCUGUGAAAUAUCUGUAAUCUGUUAGCCAGAUGAUUAAAAAAUUCGGCAAUUUGACGAAAUGGGCAAUUCCAGCUACAGACUAAAUUUUGAUCUAGGCAAGAAGAACAAAUUCCAUCACCACAGCUAGAAACAAGCGCAUGUUAAAAUUGGUAAAAUUGCCAAGUUUGGCCGCGAAAUGCUGUUUGGGCCGAAAGUGGUGCAAAUUCCCGUGCGUAAUACAAAUUAAUACAAAAUUUGUAAAUUUCGCAUGGCUAUAUUUUCCGCAUUUUACAACAUUUCGCAACCAACCUUUGCAAUUUUACUAAUUUUAACAUGCUCUUUCUAGCUGUGGUGAUGGAUUUUGUUCUUCUUGCCGAGAUCAAAAUUUAGUCUAUAGCUGGAAUCACCCAUUGGGAUUUUCAGUUAGCCUGCGACAUUCAGACAGGAAUUAAGGAAUAUCGUGUUUCUUAGGGGCUGUUUAUAUGGUCCCGCUUGCCCGGGAUUCAAUGAAAUGUGACGUAUUUUGAGCAAUUUAAAUAAGUCGCACUUCAUGAUGUAACAAAAUUGCUUGUUACAAAUUGUAAGAAAUUCCAUGUUUUAGACAAAAAACAAAUGUUGUCGAAUGUUAUAUUAAUCUUCUUCUUCCACUACAUAACUUCUAGCGCGUUCGUAAUUUCGUUUAAACAAUAUUUAAAGUUAUCUAACUUUUGUUUAGGGCUGAAACACGUAUUUGAAUUGCUCAAAAAUACGUCACACUAGUGACUUUCUCGUUGUCUAGCGCCAGCUGAGUUAAAUUGAAACUUUUGAAGUGCAAGUCGCCUGACAUUGUUUUACGUACUAAAAACAGACAAAUAUUUAUUAUAUAGUAGAGUGUGAGAUACUGAAAAAUACACAGUGAGACAGUGGCGGAAGUCUUGGUGGGGCGGGGGGGGCGGCCGCCCCUCCCCACCUUCACGGAAAAUUGACGAAUUUUCGGAAAUUUUGACCUAAAAAAGGGCUAAAAACAGUCUGUUCGAGUGCACUGAUGAGGGGGUACGUUGGAAAUUUGAAAAUCUUGUCGGAAAUUUACGAGGCUUUCCCCCCCCCCCCCCCCCCUCACUGGAAAAAGUGAAUUUCCGCCACUGCAGUGAGAUAUUUUCCAUAUCUGAUAUCUUCACUAGUGAAGAUAUCGAUCACGUGACCAGUGGCGUAGCCAGAACGAUAAUUGGGGGGGGGGGGCAUAUUCAUAUAUUCGCGUUCACAUACCAUAAAAACAAUUGAUUUCAAAAGAAAUUAAUAAAGCAGAACACGAAUAUAUGAAUAUGCCCCCCCCCCCAAUUAUCGUUCUGGCUACGCCACUGCACGCGACUUUUCCAAUUUGCUUUUGAGCGUGAAAUUUCACAUUUUUUUGGCUUGGGACUAUAUAAUAAACAGAUCAUUAUACGGUGGCUUGAAGAUAUGGGUUUUAUCUUCUCUUGUUGAAAACAAUAUUUUACUCACUCGCUGUGUAAAAUAUUUGUUUUCACCACUCGAAGAUAAAAGUCAUAUCUUCGCGCCGCCGUGUAAUAUCCUCUAUAUAUUUCAUGACACCCUCGAAACACUUAUAUCCGGUACGCAAUUUUUCUUCACCAAAGUUUUAAAGUUGAACAUUUUGACUGAUCAAAUAAAUUAAAGGUAUAUCAUUUGAUAUACUGUAUUAAACAAAAGCAUAAAAGCAGGAAAUGGAACACAAAACAUUUUCUUGGCAUCGAUUUUAUGUUACCAGUUUGUGGUCGUCUGGGCAAGAUCUGGGGUAAUACUGUUUUUUUUACUCAAUUUUUUAAAUCUUGAUUAUUUUAGUAAAGAAAUGUGUUGUGGCAUUACAGUUGGAGAAUGGUGAACGCCUUGUGCACGAAUUCAAUUCUGAUAAUACGCUGUUUAAUAUACUGAUGCACUGGAAAUCUCAGUCUGAAAGGUAUACUUAUGUUAACAGUGGGAAAUCCAGUGCUUGUAGUCCUGGGGCCGGUUGUUCAAAGGUGGGUUAACGCUAACCCUAUAGGUUAAAAUUUAACCUGCUGUUUUAGUUUGUGUAUUUCUGCACGUUUGUUUAUUUCAAAACUUCAGAGAAGAAAACUCCUAUCCAUAGGCGUACGGGGCGGGGGGGCGGGGGGGGGGGCGGUAGCCCCCCAGUUUUUUGGGCAGUUGGGCAAUAUCCCAGUUUUUGGGCAGAUUGGGCAAAUUUGUGGGCAAUUUUGGUUUGCAAUUAAAAAAAAUGGGACAAAUUCUGUCAAUUUUGUAUAAAAUUAAGUAAAUUUUUUGGCAAAUUUUGUGAUUUUUGGAAAAUUUGUGUUAUGUUCCGAAAAAUAUUGGUUGUCCGGAAAAUUUUUUUGACCCCUAAAAUGGUACACUGACCGAAAUUUUUUUGGCGACGGGUGGGGGGGAGGUCGCCAAAAUAAUUUUUCCGGAAAAAAUUUUUUGACAUUUUUUGGACAAUGUGGAAUUUUUUGGGCAAAAAAGCUACCGCCCCCCCAGAAUUUAGCGGCCCCGUACGCCUAUGCUCCUAUCGAUCCAGACAAGAUCUCUGAAGAAAUAUUUCCAAAUUUAUAGACAAGCUGUCAGGAAGUUUGCUUUGAAUUUUAGGUUAACCCUAGGUUAAGCAAUUUCCGCACGCAGUACAAAAGUAUACCAAUCUCUAUAAACAGGGUAAUAUUUUCCUAGCUAAUAAAAUAGAUUGAUUGAAGCAAGAUUUUCCCAAAUAUCGACGAAAAGGUGCAUUUUAGAAUGUGAUUUGACGGGACUAAUUACCGGGUGAAAAUGGUACUUAUGCACUCGCAAAUUUUCGACAGCUGACUGCUCUCAAAGAUCUUUGAAAAGUCUUUGAAAACAGGCAGAAAAAAUCUUUGAAAGUCUUUAAAUUGUUUUGGUCUUGGAGACUACGAACCCUGAUAAAGCGCUAUACUUUAUAUAAUAAAUAGUAAUAAUUAUUAAUAAUUAUUACUAUGUAAUUACAUAUUAAUAAUUUAUUACUCAUUUCUUCGUACAAAAAUUGCUUCAAAACUCGUUGUAUAUGAAACGAUUUCCAAAUAUUUGUCUUUGAAAAUUGAAAUCUUGCUUAUCCCACUCCUGGCAAGUGGCCACAUUUUUGAGAUCAGUGAGGAGGUCCACCCAUACACCAUGAACCUUGACAGCACUUUAGACUUUUUCCCCAGGUGUAAAUAGCCGGACGGAAUUAGUAUACCCUCCCCCCGGGCUAACGUCCCGGAACGGUGCUCUGCGCCGUUGGCUCGGGGAUAAUAUUUAAUUUAUUUUAUUUUAUUUUAGUCUUACAUUUGACGACACUUUAGAUGGUGUG